UUAGUAUCUUGUUGUGUUUUUGUUUGGUUUGAAAAGCUGAAAAUGUGUGAAGGAGAAGAAGGAAGCUAUAAAAAAGAGUUUAGGUACAAAAGUAAAAAGUUAUUAUGUCGGUGGGUUCAUUAAAAGAAACCAAAAAACAUAAACAAGUAAUUUUGUUUUGGCAUAACGAAGCAUCUUCUUCUUCUUCCUUGUAUUUAUUAUCCAUUUCCAGAGAUUCUCCCUUGUGAGAUAACAACGAAGAACGAAAGAGAGAGAGAGAGAGAGAGAUAUGAUGGACGGCGUUGAAGGCGGCACGGCGAUGUACGGUGGUCUCGAGACGGUGCAAUACGUACGGACGCAUCAUCAACAUCUGUGCAGAGAAAACCAGUGUACCUCUGCUCUUGUCAAACACAUCAAAGCUCCUCUUCAUCUCGUUUGGUCACUUGUACGGAGAUUUGAUCAGCCGCAGAAAUACAAACCGUUUGUGAGCAGAUGUACAGUAAUCGGUGAUCCUGAAAUCGGCAGUCUUAGAGAAGUCAAUGUUAAAUCUGGUCUUCCUGCAACAACAUCUACUGAGAGAUUAGAACUUCUUGAUGAUGAAGAACACAUCCUCGGUAUCAAAAUCAUCGGUGGUGAUCACAGACUUAAGAAUUACUCGUCGAUUUUGACGGUUCAUCCGGAGAUAAUCGAGGGAAGAGCAGGAACGAUGGUGAUUGAAUCGUUUGUAGUUGAUGUUCCUCAAGGUAACACAAAGGAUGAGACUUGCUACUUUGUUGAAGCACUUAUCAGAUGUAAUCUCAAGUCACUAGCAGAUGUUUCUGAAAGAUUGGCUUCUCAGGACAUUACUCAGUGAACUACAUAAUCAAUGAACAAGGGCAUUGAAGUGAAGUAUCAAUUCCAGUUUGUGAUAUAAUCAAUAUUCUUCAGGAUUUUUUUGGUUUGGCCUAGAUAUAUAUAUAGAUAUCUAUCCUCGGUAAUGACCAGUCUAAAAAGAUGUACAUAUUGUCCCAAUGGUGAAGUUUUGAUGUAAGAUAUCUCCUGGUGGUUUGUUAUUUGUAGAUAUUUUUGUAAACAAUGUAAAUGUGAAUGGUUUAUGAUGUAUAAUAUAUAGUUCACAAAAGAUGUUUCUGUAGACUUCAGAUUCCACUUCUCUAUUGAACAGAACCUAUGAUUGGAUGCUGAGAACUUGUAAAGAAUCUG